GCGGCCGUGUGUGGCCGGGGCUCCCGGGGAAGCGGCUCUGAGUAGGGCUGGGCCGGGCCCCCCACGCCAUCCCCGCCACCGCUGGCGGCCUCGGCCAGUCCUUCCCAGGCCCCCUUCUCCCCUCGCCGUGGAGGGGUCCUGGGCCGCGCGAUGGGCGGUGCUGCCCGUGGGCCCGGCGGGAAGGAUGCGGGGCCGUCGCGAGCGGGGCCCCCGGCCCAAGAACCACGGAGGGUGGGAGAUGGUGUGUAUGAUACCUUCAUGAUGUUAGAUGAAACGAAAUGUCCACCUGGCCCAAAUACAGCCUGCAACCCUUCUGAACCAGCCCUGCCUAGAAGAUUUUAUAUUACUACUGAAAAGCUUACAACAAACCACACUCAACCAGUUCUAAAUGGAGGUGACAUUAAGGUGGAACAGCUGUUUCAGGAAUUUGGCAACAGAAGAACCAGUGCUUUUCAAUCCAUAGGAACAAAUACCUCUGAAAAGUAUCCUACCACCAUUUCUCAGGGUAAAAGUUCCGACAGUUUGAACACUGUCAAAUCUGGUAGUUCAUCCAAAGCGCUAAAAGUGGUACCUCUGACUCCUGAACAAGCACUAAAGCAGUAUAAGCAUCACCUGACUCCUUAUGAGAAGCUAGAAAUCAUCAAUUAUCCUGAAGUUUAUUUUGUGGGUCCAAAUGCUAAGAAAAGGCAUGGUGUCAUGGGUGGCCCCAACAAUGGGGGCUAUGAUGAUGCUGAGGGAGGCUAUAUUCACGUACCUCGAGACCAUUUGGCUUAUAGAUAUGAGGUGCUGAAAAUCAUUGGCAAAGGCAGCUUUGGGCAGGUAGCGCGAGUCUAUGACCACAAGCUUCAACAGUAUGUCGCCCUCAAGAUGGUUCGCAAUGAAAAGCGCUUUCAUCGACAAGCAGCUGAGGAAAUCAAAAUUUUAGAGCAUCUUAAGAAACAGGAUAAAACAGGCAGCAUGAAUGUUAUUCACAUGCUAGAAAGCUUUACGUUCCGGAAUCACGUCUGUAUGGCUUUUGAAUUGCUAAGCAUGGACCUCUAUGAGCUGAUCAAGAAGAACAAGUUCCAGGGGUUCAGCGUCCAGCUGGUGCGCAAAUUUGCUCAAUCUAUCUUACAGUCCCUGGAUGCUCUCCACAGAAACAAGAUUAUUCACUGCGACCUGAAGCCAGAAAACAUCCUUCUAAAACAGCACGGCCGCAGUGCAACCAAAGUCAUUGACUUUGGGUCCAGCUGUUUCGAGUACCAGAAACUCUACACGUACAUUCAGUCUCGUUUCUACAGAGCACCAGAGAUCAUCUUGGGAAGUCGAUAUAAUACAUCUAUUGAUGUUUGGAGUUUUGGCUGCAUUCUUGCAGAACUUUUGACUGGACAGCCUCUCUUCCCUGGAGAGGAUGAGGGAGACCAGUUGGCUUGUAUAAUGGAACUUCUAGGGAUGCCUCCUCCAAAGCUCCUCGAACAAGCUAAGCGUGCCAAGUACUUUAUCAACUCCAAGGGUCUGCCUCGAUAUUGUUCUGUGACUACCCAGGCAGAUGGGAGGGCCGUCCUUGUUGGGGGGCGUUCACGACGGGGUAAGAAGCGAGGUCCCCCGGGCAGCAAAGACUGGGUAACAGCACUAAAAGGGUGUGACGACUAUUUGUUUAUAGAGUUCUUGAAAAGAUGUCUUCAUUGGGACCCCUCUGCUCGCCUGACCCCAGCUCAGGCCUUAAGACACCCUUGGAUUAGUAAACCUGUGCCCAGACCUCUCACUACAGAGAAAAUGUCAGGGAAACGGAUUGUAAAUCCUGUGAAUGCUUUACAGGGAUUGGGUUCCAAAUUACCUCCAGUCACUGGAAUAGCCAACAAGCUUAAAGCUAAUUUAAUGUCAGAAACUAAUGGCAGUAUACCACUGUGCAGUGUCCUACCCAAACUCAUCAGCUAGUGGAGAGUGAUCUGUGUGGAAAUAUGCAUAAAUGGUAUUUUCAACCAUCCUGAAAGUCUGCAAAUUGGAAAAUAUGGCAUCUUUGGAGCCCCUGUUUUUGACAGACAAGACUUUUUUAAAGGCAAAACUUUUUUAUAUGUAUGGAAAUGAACUUCUCAAGGGCUAAUUAUCUAACCACCUUGUUUCAGCCACAUUGGAGUACCUAUUAAAUUACUUUUUAUAGGUCAGUGUAUGCUCUUGGUCAAUAAGUUUAGAUACACUUUGGUGUAUUUUAAUGGGUUAAAUCCCCCUCUCCUGGGACAAAGUAUAUAGGAAAAAAAAUGUGUCCUGACUAUCAUCUUCAUUCUUCCCUAGCAUCUCUUUCCAUUGGUGAACAGUUGAGGAAAUCAAAAUUUUGGAGCAUCUUAAGAAGAGGAUAAAACAGGAAGUAUGAAUGUUAUUCCCAUGCUAGAAGGCUCCACAUUCCAGAAUUAUAUUUGUUUGCUCCUUGAAUUGAUGGUGAGGAGUGAGGGUAGAAGUGGAGAUGACUUUAGGAAUGUGGUGGCAAUUGAAUGAUAUGGAGAACCAAAAAUUUUUUGCCCCAAGAAGUUAUUUUCAGGUCUUCAUUACAGAUAAAAGAUCCUAAAUGGGAAUGAUGGGUAGAAGCCAGCUAUUGGUUGCCAGAGAGAUAGGUCCUGUGGGUCCUGCUCUUUCCCCCUAGUCCCUAAGAUUCAGGUUCCUCUUUUUUAAAAAAAAAAUUUUUUUUAAACAUUUUUAUUUGAAGUUUUGAGUUCCAAAUUCUAUACCUCCCUCCCUUCCCUGAGGCAGUAAGCAAUCAGAUAUAGGUUAUAUAUGUUCAAUUAUGUAAACCAUUUCCAUAUUUCAACUUCCUCUUAUGCUUCUAACUUGUUUUCCAGAAGCUUGGAGGGUGUUAUAGCCCUUGUUUCUCACUCUGUAAGCUUGGAAGGCUCAUUUGAGAACUGAAGCCCCACCUAAGGCAUCUCAGUUGUUCCAUGAUCACCCACAAUAUUAGAGGCAGAGACAGCACUCAAACUCAGGUUCAUUAACUUGCUUCUCAGUAUACUAAGUUGCCUCUUUAUACACUUCCCCUUGGCUACCCUUCUCCACCCCAACCCUCAACACUCCUCCCCCCAAACCCAAACCAUAUAUAUAUAUAUAUAUAUAUAUAUAUAUAUAUAUAUACACACACAAUACAAGUAAUAGAAAACGGGUGUCAGGAGGACCAAGAAUGCUUUGUCGCUACCCUCUGUCCUCCACCACCCACCAUUUUCCAUCUGUCUCUCCUCCGCAUUUUUGCCUUAACUGUCAUUUAAGGCUACAUCCUUGAUUCAGGGUAGAUUUCAGUAAGAAGCAGAGAGCUUUUAUUUGUACAAGAUUCAGUUUGAAUUUCCAAAAACUGUUAGUAACCCCAAACUUUGUCCUCUUCCUUCAACCAUCUUUAUCAGAUAACAAUUGAAACUGUGAACGGUAGCAAAUAACUAUUGUUAGCCAAAUGGCUUGCUUAGCCAACCUGGAGAAAAAGCAGGGACACUUUUCAAGUCAUCCACUGUUUUCCACUUCUUUUCUCCUGUCCCCAGUCCCAGUAACACACAUUCCCUAGAACAAAGAUUCUGUGACCUGCUGGAUUCUUUGGGAUGAAGCACCUGCUUCUUUUCUGCUGCUCAGAAUGAUCCAUUUCCAUCUUUUCACUAUUGCUGUAUGUAGAAUUGUAACUGUAAAUUGCCUAAAAGGGAAUUCUUUCUCUUACUCAAUGAGGGGAAACCUUGGGAUGGGUGGUUUCUAAAUUUCCUUUUAGUUAUAAAUCCUAUGAUUUUUGAGUCUCUGAUAGAUCAAUGGAAGGAAAAUGUCAUAUAUGUAAUUUAUGGAUAUACUAUGCAGGUCUGAAAACAUUUCUUAUUUCCUUGGGAAGCCCCAGUAAUCAGUCAACAAAAGUUUAUAAAGUGCCUGUUAUGGGUCAGGCUACUUUGUUGGUAGUUUUCUAAACGGAAGUAGACUUCAGCAUGGCCUCAGUCUCCAAAGCAGAACGGUUAUUUGGAAAAAUAGAGAUGGUAAAAGUGAGGCUGGUACCUCCUUAUAAAUAUCCAGUUCGUUUUGGUGACUGAGGAUAGAGUUUUACAUCUAACCAGCGUGGCUCGAGAAUGGCCUUUAAAAACAAACCACAAAUACUAUUAAAAACACUGCUUAUCUCCAGUACUGGUUUGCAGAAGGAAGACUUCUCAUCCAACUUCUGCAAAUCAUUGUACCUCCUGCUGAGUCGUCUGGCUUCUUGGGCCGGUUGUUUGGGAAGCUUCUUCGUUAUCUAGACAUAGCAUAAGUUGAGGGGGCACCACAUUAACUGUUAUCAGGUUGAAGGCACACUCUAAGCAAGCUCUAAAAGACUGUUGACACAAAAAGGCAUAGCUUGCGGAAAAUUUGUGCCUUAAUUUAAAAGGGGCUUUAGUUCAGCCAGCAAUGUCUGCAGUUGUUGGGUCCUUCUCUUGAGAGAUUUCUGUGUCAGAAUAUUUUGACUUGGUUUCAGGUUUACCGAAACGCAGCUGAAUGGGAGGGAAAGCCGGUAGGAACUGAGCCGACACAACUAGGAAGACAAAUGUUGGAAGGCUCUGGAAAGGUGAAGUGCUGUGUCUUUUUGUUCAAAUUUUGCAGCCCAGACUAUGACACAGAGUACGCUCAUUUUGACUUGGCCUUUCUGCCUUCCAAGAGCUGAUUGCAUUUGGGAAAUUACAGGAGAGUGGGCAGUUUUAAAGCAUGCCAGUUAUUGUACAGAUGGCUUUGAGGAGGUUUUUGGAUGGGUACAAUGGGGAGAGAAAGUUUCUAGCUGUAUUCUGUGUGGUAGGUUUUGAGUAUCUGCUUCCCUCAUCAUUAUCAUCAACAACAAGCAUUAGUAUGCUUGUUAAUGCUUGUUAAGCAUUUAGUAUGUUCCAGGAACUUUUUAGUGAUGGGUAUAUAAAGGCAAAAACAUGACCCCUGCUCUCUUGGAGCCCAUUUUAACUACUAGAAUGUUUAAUUAUCCAGCAAGUUCUAUGAUUUAUGUAGGUGAUAGCAAUAGGAUUUUCACUCAAACAAUCGUUCAAUUAAGUUAAACAACCCAUAUGAUGGAUUCCUACCCCACACUGAAUUAAUGAGCAAUAACAGAUGAACAACCCAAGUGUUGUUAUCACCAUCUACAAAAUUAGAACCAGAGAAGGGACUGUAGUCCAUUGGGUAGAGCUUCCAUAAAUGGAGAGACAUGGAAUCACAUGGAAUGAGAAAGCCUGGAUAUGUUCAGACCUUUUCUUAAGGAAGGAGUGACCACGACAAGAUCAUUUAAGUUGACUGUCAGUGGGUUAGUUGGCAUUUCGACAAUAACCCCAGUAUUUCUCACUAUAGGCUUUGUGAUUAGUGAAUCAGGUGGAGAUUAUUAUGAACUUUGUUCUUAAAUUUUCCUGAGUGUGCCACAAGGUCCCUUCUAGCUCUAAAGUUUUCAUCCUUUGUCAUCUCACCAGCUAUCAAGAAAGACACAAUUUGGGGAGCUUUGCCAUGCUCUAAUUCCCAACCGAAAGAGAUUGGCCAAUCCUGUUACUCCUCCCAUUAGACUUAAUAUUGCCUUCUAUACUCAUCAUUAAAUUCCAUUACUUGUAUUAGAAUGUACACUCGUCAUGGAUAGGCUCAUGUCCUCAGUAUAUUUACUCCAGUGCCCAGCUCAUGAUGGGUGCUCAGAUUCACCAGUAGGAAUUCCAUGUGUGCAGAAGAGGACUUUUGGUCUCUGUAUGAAUUAUAUAAAUGACACCGUCCCAUUGGUCCCCUGUUGUAGUGAUUAGCAGAAUGCUCUAAUUUUUUUUCUUUUUUUGAGAGUGGAAUCAGAGGGGAGAUUUGUGGAACUGCCUCUUCACGUCAUUAGAUAUAUUUAAUCUGAUCAGUGGAAAAUCCCAGUGCCAUAUAAAUUCUGCCUUCCCACAGCGUUGGCACCAGAAAUGAAUCAAGAUCUUCAGUGUUUGUCCAACAGGGUGAAUGAGCUUCUUCCUUUUGGGUUGGCUGUAUCAGUGUGUUGUUUUCCUGAGUAUUAGAAAGGGUUUGGGGACAGCCAAGUCAGCUAGUCAAUCUCAUUAAGUUUUUGGUUUCCGUGACAUUUACUCUGUUGAGAAUGGGGUGCUUUUGCAUAAACUGAACAAAAAAGCUUAAAUAAAAACUGCCAUUGGGCAUCUGA